AUGUUGACCUUAUCUCGCUUCACGGUUGCUCUCGCUCUCGCAUCCUCUAUCUUCGGUGUUACCAUUCCUGCAGUACCCUUCCGCCGCUCCGGGGAGCUUUUGGAACGAUUGGAGCACGAAGAAGUAGACCUAAGAGGUCUAGCACCCUCUCGCCGCUCUGGGGAGCUUUGGGAGGGGUUGGAACACGAAGAAGUAGACACAGGAGGUCCGACGCCCUCUCGCCGCUCUGGGGAGCUUUGGCUGGGAGCGGAACACGAAGUGGUAGACGCAACAGGUCUGGCAGUCUCACGCCGAUCUGGCGGCCUUUGGCAUGGAUCGGAAUAUGAGGAAGCUUUCUCUUCUGCCAAUGAUUGA